AUGGAGCCGCCGCGCGCCGCCGCGACGCUGCUGAUCCGCUCGCCCAACCGCAAGUUCCGCGACCUGACGGUGCGCUGCGGCCUCGACUGGACCGUGGGGCGCCUCAAGGCGCACCUGGCGCGCGUCUCGCCCGCGAGGCCCUUGUCAAAGGACCAGAGAUUGGUGUACUCAGGCAGAUUGCUUGCAGAUCAUCUGAAGCUGAAAGACAUUCUCAGAAAACAAGAUGAAUAUCAUAUGUUUCAUCUAGUAUGUACCACUCGGUUUCCUCGGAAUUCUUCAGAAUCUGGCACUAAUAGAGAAAAUGAACCAUUGGCAUCCAGCAGCAGUUCUAAUUCAGAUCAGCCAGGAUCAACAGCUCCAUCACCUGGUCAAGAAAACUUGCCUUUAGCCUCUGUUUCUUCCUCCGAUGGAUUGAGGCAACGGACUCUUCCACAAGCACCAACCGAUCCAGCACGGAGUCAUCAAAUCCCGUAUGUAAUGCAAGGAAAUGUAGACAACCAUCUUCCUGGACAAGCAGUUCCAGCUGGAUUUCCAAUGUAUCCUGCCUUCAGCCCACUGCAAAUUCUUUGGUGGCAACAGAUGUAUGCUCAGCAGUAUUAUAUGCAGUAUCAAGCUGCAGUUUCAGCGCAAGCUACAUCAAAUGCCAACCCAGCCCAGCAUGCUGCUUCACAGCCUCUACAUUUGGCCCGUGUUCCUGGUGAAGAACCCCCACCAGCUGCCAAUCUCAUGGCCCAGGAUAAUCGACCCAUGAAUGAAAACGUUCAGAUGAACGCACAGGGAGGUCCAGUGCUGAAUGAAGAAGACUUGAACCGAGACUGGCUCGACUGGAUGUACACUUUCUCACGAGCUGCCAUCCUACUCAGCAUUGUCUACUUCUAUUCUUCCUUCAGUCGGUUCAUCAUGGUCAUGGGAGCCAUGCUGCUGGUCUAUUUGCACCAAGCUGGAUGGUUUCCUUUUAGGCAAGAAGGAGGUCAACAGCAGGCUCCUAACAAUAAUGCUGAAGUUAAUAAUGAUGGGCAAAAUGCAAAUAAUUUAGAACUUGAAGAAAUGGAACGACUCAUGGACGAUGGGCUUGAAGAUGACAGCGGAGAAGAUGCAGGGGAAGAUGCCAGUGCAAUGCAGAGGCCUGGACUAAUGGCAUCAGCUUGGUCUUUUAUCACCACCUUCUUUACUUCUCUAAUACCAGAGGGACCUCCCCAGGUUGCCAAUUAAACCUAAAAAGCUGUGCCAGCUGCAAAGGGAGGGUUUGACUUUAGGAAAGUGUUUUAAAUAACAGUGCAGUUUCAAAAAUUCAUUACUUUCUUUCCAUCAUCAUGUAUAGAGGUGUUUUUUCUUUAGGCUUUACGUGCAUAUGAAUAUUUUAAGCACAACGAACUGCUGUGAUUUUUUUUUUUUAAUUCUAACAACAAUAGUAUAACAUAUUGGUCUUUGGGUUUAAUGAA